AUGACGAUUAAUCAAAACGAGCAGGAAAUCAUUUAUGAGUUUGAAAAGUACACCGGGUUAGCGCAGCAGGAGUACGACGACCAAACUGCACCCGGGAAAGAUACAGACAUAUGCCAGGCGUGGUUAGAGAACCGCUGCGAACGGGGCGACCUCUGCCAGUACCGCCACUCUAGAAGCAAGUCACUGAUUGUCUGCAAACACUGGUUACGUGGACUAUGCAAAAAAGGUAUAGAGUGCGAGUUUGUUCACCGUUUUGAGCUUGACAAGAUGCCAGAGUGUUUCUUUUUCAGUCGCUACGGCGAGUGCACCAACGACGAGUGCAUGUACCGCCACGUUGUUGCCGACUCCCGACGUAUGGAGUGUCCUUUCUAUGCCCGUGGUUUCUGCAAACAUGGACCGCGGUGUCGUUACAAGCACGUGCAGAAAGUAGCGUGUGCGAAUUAUUUGGGCGGUUUUUGUCCCAAGGGACCAGCGUGUCGCUUUGGACACGCCAAGUUUGAGAUCGACCUGCAACAGGUGCUGCACGAGGCGGAACGAUUCGGUGAUCGCAGUGUUUCCUGGCGCUAG